CAUUUUUCGCAUUAAUUUUUUCCAGUUUUCAGUUUUUUUAUUGUUAAUCAGUCAGUUCUUCGCUGAACAGGACGGCCCUUGGUUUGACAGCGAAGUAUUAGUAAUUGCUCAUAAAAGGAUUUUAUAGUUUUAAGGUUUUCAACCCUAUUAUUAUCUGUUAUUAUUGCAUUUCUUUCUUCUGAUAUUAGUGAUAUGUGCUACUCUUGGCAUGGGAACGGUGGAACCAGACCCAUCCACUCUUUAUUUUUCUUUGAUAAUCAGUUUGCCCCUUCAGUUUUAAGCAGUAUUUGGCUAUCGAUUUACUGAACUUAUGCGGAUCCGGAUAUGGCAUAAAAGGAUGUCUGGAGUUUUGUAAACUGGUUGAACAACUUGUACAACACCAUGUUGUUACGCCACAGUUUACAGCGUACACGACAGGAGGUGUAAAACUGUAAAUCAGUAAAUGCAGCAAAUGAGUCUGCAAAUCGUUUAACAUGAUGGAACGAGGGCAAGGAAAUGUUGGAGGGUUGUCAUAUCCUAAGUUUGUGGAUCACAGUCAUAUGGAAUCAUAACCUCUUAAGUCUUAUGGUUGGGACAUAGUGCAGUAAUUCAAGCAUGAUUCCACUUGCGUCCGCCUCGUCGCUCCGGAAUGAACAGGAUGGACUGAGCUGGUUAUAUUCCACCAUUGCACCGCCUGGGCCCUUCCACCCAGCCUUUCGAGGCCGUCCUCAUGCACACUCAUCGACGCGAGCCAAGGACUAUGCUGCGUUGCAGAGUUUUGCAGCGUUUUUCAUUUUCUUUUGGUUGGUGGUCAUUGUGUUACAUAGGUGGUGUUGCCGUCACUUCCACUGGUACGAGCAGCAGGUCCGCACCGGAGCCAUUCAGGUCUCUUUUGGCCGCUUGUAUUUGACAUUCCAGCAUUUGAACAGGCCGCUGCAACGUCUGGGCGCAUGGAGUCGUAUUGUGCGUCUGUGGCGAGUGUGGUUUGUUUGUGGCGCUUUGUUAUCUUCCAUCCUGAUCUUGCCGGCCGUACUUUUUCUAUUGUAUUUAUUUCUUUCCCAUUCCUUUCGUAUUUGGCACAAUUAUCACCAAGCUCACGCUAUGCAUUAUGCACCAACUCCUGUUAGUCCUGUGCUAACACCAGGAUCAUCAACUAUAAGCAACUCUGCUUUUUACACGACUACUGCUGCUAGUAUAUCAGCUGGCGGUCCCAGCCUGAUGCCCAUUAUUCCCGGUAUUAAUUUGCCGUUAUCCCAUAUUGUGCCGUUUUUCUGUUCCGUCCUACUGAGCACUGUUGUUCACGAAAUGGGUCACGGCAUUUCAUCCGCAUCCGAACUGACCGAAGUGGGAGGUAUGGGAGUGGCUGUCUUGGGUAUUUUUCCCGCAGCAUUCGUUGUAGUAAAAAAUCUGGAUUCACAAGCUUUAUCUCGUCAGCUAAGAAUUAUGGCCGCCGGAGUUUGGCAUAAUCUCGUUUUGGCGACAAUUGCUGGAACAUUUUUAUGGAGCAUGCCGAUUCUGACCGGUUUGAUGUACACUUCCGGGCGCGGCGUAACCGUCACAGCGGUGCUAGAUUCCCAUGCUGCUUUGGCGAAUCACAGUAUUCCAUUCCAUGUGGGUAUGGAAAUCUACAGCAUCAAUCAGUGUAGUGCAAACAAUAGCCGCGCCCUGGAACGUUGUGCCGUUGCUUACAACAAAGGUGGUUUCUGCUUAAGCGCUGAAGCAAUUAAGAGUGCGCGCGGAGAUUUCAUUCCGCCUGUGAAAUACAAGCAGACACCCAGCGAAUCUUUCCAUACGGAAAAUUCUACAGUGCUAGAGUGUUGCCGGAAUACUUCGUCAUCUCUGUGCUUUUAUAUGCAAACCAAGAUUGCGGAUUACUCCAACCAAACGCGAAGCAUAUCCCCGGAGUGUCUUCAGGUAGAAAAAGUGCGAUACAAACAGCGGUGCAACGUAUCUCUGGAGUGUCGGAUGUGGCCAGCGGAAGAAUGUUAUGUGCCAUAUUUGCUACCCAGUGAGCGAGUUCUGCUUUUCAACACUUCCGCAGGUCCGGUACUAUUUGUGGGCGAUGCUGCUGGUUUGCUACGCGCACUGAGGGUAUCUAAUUAUUCCCAAGCUGAAUCCCUUCUACCGCUGUGGCUGCCGGGAAUUGUGGAAAUUUGGCUGAAAUACAUUGUGUCCGUAUCCUUAGCAUUGGCGAUUUUGAAUGUCGUCCCCUGUGUCGGGCUGGAUGGACAACAUAUCUUCUCUAUUUGGCUCGACGUGCUCUUUGCCAAGCAGUAUCUCCCAGCAGCAUGGACACCACACAGGGUUAGAAUUGGGCAGAUGAUCACUGCUCUGUGCACCUUUCUUUUAUGCGCGGAUGUCUUUCUGGGAUUUGUGUUGUCGUGAGCUGAGUGAUCUCGCAUAUCAAUUUGUAAUGUCGUAUGGAAUUGCGGAGAGCUGCUUGCCAGCAAAAUUGUUAUUAUUGAAACCGGAAAUUCUAGUCAAAUGGUUAUUCCAGGACGCAUCUAUUGAUGCUGACGCUUCUGCCAGUGUGGGACGCAUUGAAUGAAGACUGGCAUGCGAUUUGGGCGGUCUGUUAGGAGCAAAUGAGUGAUGGUGGGGUCGUUGGUCGGCCCAUGGUGGGUCGGUCUGUUGCAGCCGACCUAGCAAUGGUGCCUUAAUGUGAUUAAUAUAAUUUACAACAAGUGUUAUGUGAAGCGAUAUACUGCGCUCUUUUACAUUGGUUUUUCGUUUUGUUAAACCGUCAUUUUUCUUGUAACUUUUCGGAUUGUAAUCUCAUGACCGACUGACGAACCGGUAGAUAAUAAGUAACUGCUUUUUAAUUCUAUAUUUGUGUUAAAUUAUAGUUUAGUUGGACUUGCUGUCGCGGAGAACAACAGUACUCGUAGUA